AAGCGAUCCUAACUUCUACCGUACCGAGUCACUGUAGAAAGUCGAGCCUCGCUCGCGAAAGAUACUGCAGAACACUAUGGAGAGCUUUGACACUUACCAGACGCCUCUCUCAAGUCGAUAUGCCAGCAAGGAGAUGGCCCAUCUUUUCUCUGCGGAGAACCGCUUCCACACCUGGCGCAAAUUGUGGCUGAACCUCGCCGUAGCUGAGAAGCAGCUUGGGUUGUCCAUACCCGAUGAGGCAAUCGAGCAGAUGAAGGCUAACCUUCAUUUGGAUGCCGAGCAGUUCGACAUCGCUGCCAAAGAAGAGAAGAAGCGUCGUCACGAUGUGAUGGCUCACGUCCACACUUUCGGUCAAGUCGCACCUGCUGCGGCAGGAAUCAUCCACCUGGGAGCAACGUCUUGCUAUGUCACAGACAACGCGGACUUGAUCUUCAUUCGCGAAGCCCUCACCAUGCUCUUCAAAAAGCUUGCAGUGGUCAUUGACCGCUUCUCUGUUUUCGCUGCACAAUACCGUGACCUUCCAACUCUCGGUUUCACCCACUUCCAGCCUGCGCAAUUGACCACAGUUGGUAAGCGCACAACGCUCUGGCUUCAGGAGCUUUUGUGGGACCUCCGGAACAUCAAGCGGGCUAGGGAUGACCUCGGCUUCCGUGGUGUCAAGGGUACUACAGGCACGCAAGCCAGCUUCCUCACACUGUUUGACGGUGAUCACGACAAGGUGGAAAAGCUCGACAGUCUUGUCACUUCUCUCUCAGGUUUCAGCUACGCCUACCCCGUCACCUCCCAGACCUACUCCCGCAAGAUUGACAUCGACGUCCUCGCACCGCUCGCUGGCCUCGGCGCCACCGCUCACAAGCUCGCGACCGAUCUCCGGCUCCUCGCCAACCUCAAGGAAGUCGAGGAGCCAUUUGAGUCUACCCAAAUCGGCUCUUCCGCAAUGGCCUACAAGCGCAACCCCAUGCGCUCCGAGCGUAUAUGCAGUCUUUCCCGGCAUCUCAUGGUCCUCCAACAAAACGCGCUCAUGACUUCCAGCGUGCAAUGGUUUGAGCGCACUCUCGACGACAGUGCGAACCGCCGUAUAACUCUCCCCGAGGCAUUCCUCACCGCCGACAUCGUGCUCACAACCCUCCAAAACGUCUCCGAGGGGCUCGUCGUCUACCCCAAGGUGAUCGCGCGCCGGAUCUCGCAGGAGCUGCCCUUCAUGGCCACCGAGAACAUCAUCAUGGCGAUGGUCAAGGCCGGCGGCGACCGUCAGGAAGCACACGAGAAGAUCAGGGUCCUCUCUCACGAAGCCGCGCACCAGGUGAAGUCGGAGGGCCUCGAAAACGACCUGAUCGACCGCGUGCGACGCGACCCGUACUUCGACCCGAUCACGAGCCAGCUCGACGAGCUGCUCGACCCGAGGAGCUUCAUCGGGCGCGCACCAGAGCAGGUGGACAAGUUUCUGAAGGAGUGGGUCACCCCUGCUCUCGACAGCGAGGAGCUCCGCGCGAGCGUGCAGGCGGGCGGGAAGGCCGAGCUGAAUGUGUAAGGAUGAGAUGGAAGAAGGAAAAGAACGGAGGUGCUGUAGAUUGUUGUAUCAAAUAGAGAGCACGAAUCCGCCAAUGGCUUGCAGGCCCUUCGGGGGGUUGUCUUGCGGAACACACGG